AUGGCGGGUUCUCAACAGUACAAAAACAUCGAGAUACACUACGUUCUGAAGGCUAUUCACAUGAGAAUGCCGUCCGACUGGGUUCGCAUGAGGUUCGAGCAGCGCUUCAAGCGCAAGCUCACCGAGAAUCAACUCCGUUACUUGAAGAAUAAAUAUGGCAGAGAUCCCCGCUUCGGCACUUCUACCUUUGGAGCUCCAAACCCGCGUGUUGGACCGGGCUACUGGCCGGCUGACGAUAUCCUGGCCAUCGACUACCAUGCUUUCCAAGAGCGCGGCGACGACGUUGCCGAGCCCAACCUUCGUGUUGUUGCCCCCAUUAAUGGCAUCGUGGCCCCAACUCCUUCUCCCGUGGCUCCUCAUGCCCCUAUUUCUCGUCCAGGAUGCCCAGAUGGCUCUGAGAUAGCUGGAGCCCUCAGCGUCCAUACCACUUCCGUGGCCGGUCAGAAGCGCACGCAUGGCACGGAUGAAGAUGAAGAGGCAGAGGUUGACGGCUUGACCGAAAAGUGUGUUGGUCUGUCCUAA